AGCAAGGCAGAUUUGCGAUCAAAGCAGCUACACCAAAUACUAUGCUGCUCUGGUUCAAGAAAUAUUGAACAAACCGCAGGCAGGAGACAUGCAGCACCAAGGAAAUCAACAAAGAAUCUUGUGAAAGAAAGAGGAUUGACCAACCGUUCUCAGCUUAUACAAAGAAAGACAGAAUGUUGA